UUACCCGUCCAACAUUUCCAUUUCCAACUACUCGACUCAAUGGCGCCAAAAAGCAGCCCAUUCCCAUCGAGCUCCUCUCAGAAAACAAAACAACAGUCAAUCUCCAGUUUCUUCACCCCGAAACCUUCGUCGACCGUCAAGCCAUCCGCCAACCCUGCACAAACGAAGCCAGCACUAUCCGCGACUUCGAACAAUACCAAGAACCAACAACCGCCUGGAUCUGUUUCAGACGACGAGGACAAUGAUUUGCCUGUCAAGAGGAAGGGCCUCUCUCAGCGGAAACGCGUCAUAGAAGAAGCUGAAGAGGAAGAAGAUGCUGUAGACCAACAAUCGUCCCCCAAGCGAGCAAAGCACGGAAACGAUGAGACUGCCGCCCCCGCUCUCCCGCAAACGCUCGUCGCCGAAUCAAACACUACGAAAGGAUCCAAAGGUGAUAAGACAUCAAGGUACAUCUUUUCGUCCUCCCCUCCUAUAGAAGAGGAUGGCGAGGACGACGCAGCGUCACAGAAGCUCAAGGAAGAGCUGCACAAAAAGUUUGUCAAAAAACUUGGAAAGCCGGAUAGCUUAGCAGAGCUUAGGAGAAGAAAUAAAACGGACGAGGGCGAAGCAAGCGAGGAUCCUGAUGCGGAGGAGGAAGAAGCUGCGAAACCAGCAAAGGGAAAGAAAAGCACAUCAAAACGAGCAGCUGGAAAGCUCACACCUGGUGAAAAGCAGUAUCUUGAUAUCAAGCGGAAACAUUUAGAUACAAUAUUGCUGGUUGAGGUGGGUUAUAAAUUCCAGAUCUAUGGUGAGGACGCCAGGAUUGCUUCGAAAGAUCUUGGUAUUUUUUGCAUACCUGGCAAAUAUCGGUAUGAUGAGCACCCUUCCGAAGCACACCUGACACGGUUCGCCGCGUCGAGCUUUCCGGUUCAUCGUCUUCAGGUCCACGUGAAGCGCCUGGUACAAGCGAAUCAUAAAGUUGGUGUGGUCAGACAAGUUGAAACUGCUGCUUUGAAAGCUGCAGGAGACAACAAAAACACCCCCUUCGUACGGAAGUUGACAAAUCUAUACACCAAAGGUACAUAUGUGGACGACGUCGAAGGAUUGGGUGCUGGCGAUACUGGAGCAGGCUCGGGACCUCAAUCAACGGGAUAUCUACUAUGUCUGACAGAGACAAACGCUAAAGGAUGGGGUACAGAUGAAAAGGUCCAAGUUGGCUUUGUUGCUGUGCAGCCAGCGACCGGGGAUAUCAUUUACGACGACUUUGAAGACGGCUUUAUGCGGAGCGAAAUCGAGACCCGAUUGUUGCAUCUUGCUCCAGCAGAAUUCCUAAUCGUUGGCGACGUAUCCAAGGCAACGGAGAAGCUUAUUCAGCAUCUCUCAGCGAGUAAGACAAAUGUCUUUGGGGAUAGAGCGCGAGUCGAACGCGUGGCGAAGCCGAAAACCAUGGCCGCUGAGGCGUACAGCCAUGUUUCGAACUUUUAUGCGGAUAAGAUGGAAACGGGCGCAGAAGCCACAUCAGAUAACCAAGGCGCUGUUCUAGACAAGGUUCAUCAGCUGUCGGAGCACGUCACGAUAUGUCUCUCGGCUAUGAUCACUCAUCUUACAGAGUACGGUCUGGAGCAUGUAUUUGACUUGACAAAGUACUUCCAGCCGUUUAGUGCUCGCUCCUAUAUGCUGUUAAACGGCAACACGCUCUCGAGUCUGGAGAUAUAUCAAAAUUCUACAGAUUUUACGAGUAGAGGCAGCCUGUUCUGGACCAUGGACCGUACCAAGACACGUUUUGGCCAACGACUGCUCAGAAAAUGGGUUGGUCGGCCCUUGAUAAACAAGUCGGUUUUGGAAGAACGCAUUGCAGCGGUUGAAGAACUCAGAGAUGGCGAGAACACCAGGCCAGUCGAAAAGCUGAAACAUGUGUUGGGGAGAAUAAGGACUGAUCUUGAGAAAGUUCUUCUCAGGAUAUACUACAAGAAGUGCUCACGAAAGGAGCUCCUAUCCGCCCUCCAGACUUUGCAAGGUAUAUCCAGCGAAUACGUUGCAGUCGUAGGCAAGGACGAUUGUGGUUUCAAGUCAGAAUUGCUACGAGAAGCUAUAGCAACCGUACCGAAGAUAAAUGAGGCAAUCAACGAAUUUUUGGACAAGAUCAAUGCCCAAGCUGCACAAGAAGACGACAAAUACGGCUUCUUUCGGGAAGAACAUGAGGCAGAAGAUAUCAACGACAACAAACUCAACAUUGCAGCCGUAGAGCACGAUCUAGACACACAUCGGAAAGACGCUGCUGCAAAGAUUGGUACGGGCAAGGUCAACUACGUCACAGUAGCCGGUAUUGAAUAUCUUAUCGAGGUCAAGAAGGGAUCGCCUCAGGAGAGGAAGGUGCCAGCUUCGUGGCAACAGAUCUCGGCUACCAAAGCCGUUGCUCGUUUCCACACGCCAGAAGUUAAACGUAUGUUGCAAGAGCGCGAUCGCUACAAAGAAUCUCUCGCGGCUGCAUGCGACACGGCCUUCAAGAACUUCUUGGAUGAGAUAUCCGCAAAGUAUCAAGACCUACGCGACUGCGUACAGUCGCUUGCUACUCUCGAUGCUCUUUCCUCUUUGUCCAUUCUAGCAUCGCAGCCAGGCUAUGUGAAGCCUACUUUUACCGACAAUAUCGAGUUAUCUAUCACAGGCGGUCGGCAUCCCAUGGUUGAACAACUCCUCCUUGACAGCUAUGUACCUAAUGAUGUCAUGCUUUCGCACGAUGCCACCCGCGCUUUGCUCAUCACUGGUCCGAAUAUGGGCGGCAAAUCCUCUUUUGUCCGGUCCGCCGCCCUCAUAGCCAUCAUGGGACAAAUCGGCUCUUACGUCCCUGCCGCUGAAGCUCGCCUCGGUAUGCUUGAUGCAGUAUUCACACGCAUGGGGGCUUUUGACAAUAUGCUCAAGGGUGAAAGCACUUUCAUGGUAGAGCUCAACGAGACAUCCGACAUUCUCAAGUCGGCAACACCCCGUUCCCUGGUCAUCCUCGACGAACUUGGUCGCGGAACAUCCACAUUCGACGGAGUGGCCAUCGCAGAAGCAGUACUAGACUACGUGAUUCGCGACAUCAAAUCCUUGACUCUCUUCAUAACACAUUAUCAACACAUGGCGAAACUACAAGACCGAUUCUCAAACGAAGAGUUGAAGAACAUACACAUGCGAUUUGAAGAAAGAGGCGGACGGAAAGAGGUUGUAUUCUUGUACGAGGCUACCGAAGGCAUGAGCCAUCGCAGCUAUGGAUUGAACGUAGCGAGGCUGGCACGGAUACCCGAAAAGGUUCUGGAUGUUGCAGAAGGGAAAAGCAGGGAGCUGGAGGAGACAAUGGCAGCGUGCAAGAUGGGCAAUAUAUCACGCAUUGCGAAGAGCCUGUGGGCUGAUGGUGCGGAGGUGGAUUUGGACAGGCUUGUGGAAGGAAUUGGGCAGCUCUGAAGCACUAUUGAGCGAGCUGUGUCUACUCUAGUAGACGCUGGGAAACGACAUCACACCACCAACGCAUGCAUUUUUCGUGUAUAUCCAAGUUUGUGUACACUACAGUCACGUCGUAUAAUACAAUCUCAGUAUAUGGUAAAGCUUUGUCCGUUUGCAUGAGUGCCUGGCAUCGUAAAACGCUCCAGAUUGUGUUGAACGGUGUUCACAGGGAUGGGCUCACUUUAAGUGUACAAUCAACUCAUGUCGCUCUAACCUACCAAUUGCACCUUGCCAGU